AUGGCCGAACAAGCUCGCCUUCAGGGAUCCAAGGAGAAUUUCCAAGCUGCGUAUGACGCAGCUGUCAGCCAGAAGGAAGAUCAAGAGAAACAUUGGAAAGAAGAAAAGGAAAUGGCACCUGAAGAUAAGGUUUCCAAGUUAACCCCUCUAACUAUUGACCAUGCACCCGGCUUCUCUGCUGCCUUGAAUCAAUACCGAGGUGCUAGAGCUGCAUACAUGGACGCACUUUCCGCAGUUGAUGAGCAAGCUGCUAAGACUUGGCAGGAAAAGAUUAAACAAGCCAGCAGAAGACCCAAUGGUUCUAUUGAUACAAACGCAUUGAUCGCACCUGAUGCAUGA